AUGGAUUUUUAUACUAAAAGUGUCUAUGCUGCUGUUGCAAGAUCACAAAAUCCUGAUAUUGAAUCUUUAACUGAUAAUAAUUUGUAUUUAAUGCAAAGUAAAAUAUGUGCAGAUCAUCUUUCUGAUAAACACCAAAAUUGUUGGCCUGAAAUUUGCUGGAAAGUUAAAAAUCCAGAAAUUCAAUUAGUUAAUCCAAAUUUAGUUGAAUAUACUCAAAAUCAA